UCUCUCUCAGUCCAUGUAAACGAAUCCAAAGCUCACUCUUCUUCACUUCAACCUUCAGAUCCGGUCCAUUACAGCCUUCGCCGACUCCAUUAGGGUUUCAACUUUCGCUUCCUUCUCACUAAUCGAUCCAAUUUCCAACAACAGAUGAUGAAGAAGGCCAACCGCCGCUCCAAGCAGACCGCCGACGCGUCCGCCGCCGCCGACGAUUGCGAGAACCGAGUUCGCCAACUCGAAAUCGAAAACAAAGCCUUUCAGAAGGAGGUUGAGGAGCUGAGAUACAAGCUUGCAAAUGUUUCAUCUACUAGUGGUGUGGAGAACAGUGCUCAGAAACUCAGAGAAAACUACCUGCAGAAGUUGACUUUCCUCGAAGAUCAGGUUACGGUGUUGACGAGGAAGCUAGAUGCUCAAUCUCAACUCUCAACCCAAAGAAGAAGAGGGGACGAGUCAGCAAAGCCGUUCCAGUUUGAGAUUCAGAGAUUGAAGGCUCAGAAGGUUCAAAUGCAAUGUAAGAUGAAACUAGAAUCUGUGCAGUUCAGAUUGCAUAAAGCUUUGUUGGACAAGGAAGUUCUUCAGCUCAAGAAAGAGAGUAGGAAGAAUAAACAUGAGAUGCACAAGCUAUUGGCCUCCAAUCAAAGACUGAAGACUGUUUUGCGUCGAAAGACUGAAGAAGCAUCUGUGGCUACUAAACAGCUGAGACGGCUCUUAGAAUCUCGCAAGGCUUUGUUGCUAAAAAGAGGUGGCAAAAAUGGGAAUAAUACAGCAACUCAGCUGGUGCAGGAAAUUGACCAUGAGGCUGAAGUCACAGAGCAGUUGAAUGACCUAUGUGCUAUAUAUGAACGUCAAAUAGAAGAGAUGGUGGAGGAGGCUGAAAAGCUUAAAGAUGAAGUAGAGGCACUGCAACAAGAAAAGUCAAGGUGCUCAUGCCAGGAGAAAGAGGUUGACAGCUUUGAGAAGGAUUUAGAUAUAACAGACCUGAAGGCUCAAGUAGUCAGCCUCAGUAGUAUGGUUGAACAAUUAAGAUUGCACAAGGCUGAGCUUGAUCAUGGGAAGUCACAGGGCGUUAGGAGUCAGCAUACUGCAUCUGUUGGGAGCAGUUACAAGUUAGUGGAGGACAUUAGUCCAUCUGCAUCAGAAAAUUCCACAGUUGGAACAUCUAAAACGGCAGCUCCAGUUUGCUGCUCAUGCACUAAGAAUUCUUUGUGCAAGACGAUGAAAUGCAAAUGUCGAUCCAAGGGUGGAAGCUGUGGUGCCUCAUGUGGCUGUGCAGCAUCCAAGUGCAGCAAUAGGAAAGCAGUCCCAAUCAAGUCGAGUGACUCGCCACUAUCAGAGAUUGCUAAUGGCGUUCUGAAUAGUUCAAACACCAGUGAAACAGUGAAGAGUAGCAUAGAGGCUUCUGAAGGUGCAAUGCUACUUCAGAGUGCACUAGUUCAGAAGCCUGCGAAACCCUUAACUGAAAUUGGGAACAUAUUGGUGAGUACAAAUGCUGCAAAACCUGGCCCAAGAAAAAAGGGGAGAAAGCCAGCGAUUCAGCUUGUUACUGUAGACCCAAUUUCCUCAGUGCCAGUAAAUAUGGAAGGAAAUAACAAAUAACAGAAGGUUGGUCCUUUGCGAGUAAAUGUCCCUUUUGGAUAGUGAAUUGAUUGAGAAAGUUUUCACACAACAGUGGCUAGAAAUUCCCCAUUGUCCUUUGAUCGUGAAGGCAAACAAAACAGAGCGAGAAAUUAACUUUUUGAUUUUACAAAAUUCAGUGUAAACAAUGACAUCAAAGCAACUUCAAAAAAAUUGGUUGUCUCUUUGGUGUAUUUUAAUAUAUGAUAUAUCCAUGCAUUGUUAUGUUUC